CCUUCCCCAAAGAGUUUCAGAGGCGGCAGCAAACUCAAGCCUUCGGCGAGCUUCCUUGUUUCGAAGCCAUGGCAAGAGGAUUGAAGAAGCAUUUGAAAAGGCUCAAUGCCCCAAAGCAUUGGAUGCUUGACAAACUUGGUGGUGCAUUUGCCCCCAAACCUUCAUCUGGACCACAUAAAUCAAGGGAAUGCCUCCCAUUGAUUCUUAUCCUACGAAACCGGUUGAAGUACGCUCUCACAUACCGUGAGGUUAUUGCCAUUUUAAUGCAGCGACAUGUUUUGGUUGAUGCUAAAGUGAGGACAGACAAGACAUAUCCUGCUGGUUUCAUGGAUGUUGUAUCAAUCCCCAAAACAAAUGAGAAUUUCCGUCUUCUUUAUGACACCAAAGGUCAAUUCCGUCUUCACUCAGUGAGAGAUGAGGAGGCAAAGUACAAGCUUUGCAAAGUCCGCUCUGUGCAGUUCGGGCAAAAGGGCAUUCCCUAUCUGAACACUUAUGAUGGUCGUACAAUUCGGUACCCAGACCCUCUAAUCAAGGCCAAUGACACCAUUAAGCUGGACCUUGAGACCAACAAAGUUGCUGAUUUCAUCAAGUUUGAUGUAGGAAAUGUGGUCAUGGUGACAGGUGGAAGGAAUCGUGGACGGGUUGGAGUAAUUAAGAACAGGGAAAAGCACAAGGGAAGCUUUGAAACAAUACACAUUCAGGAUGCCACUGGCCAUGAAUUUGCCACCCGGCUUGGCAACGUCUUUACCAUCGGUAAAGGUACUAAGCCAUGGGUAUCCCUUCCUAAGGGCAAAGGUAUUAAAUUAUCCAUUAUUGAAGAAGCUAGGAAGAGGCUUGCAAGCCAAGCAGCAGUUACAGCUUAGGAGUGGUGAUGAAAAGGUUGGAAGAAGACAUUGUUUAUGGUUGAUUGAUUUGAAAUUGUUCUGACAUGUCCUGUUUCUUGGAUUUGUGUUUCAAAUUUUGUUUUAGCAAGUUCUUUUCGACAGGCUGGUGUUUUGUUAUUUCCCUUAGAAUUUUGGUGCAGCUGCUACCAUUAGUCAUUCUAAAAACUUCAUGUUAAUGUUACAAGCUAAAUCAGAGUUUAAAAAUUAAGCCUGGUCAUUGUCCAA